AUUGUAAACUUUUUGUAAGGAAUGCCAAUGACCUUCUUUUUAUGCAUAUUUCUAGAUUACUCUAUAGAAUCAUAUUGAAUACUUGUAACUCGAUAGAAAAACUCAAUAAAGAAUCCAUAAACACAUCUUACUUCAUAACAUCCCUAUUCUUCUUUUCUUGGUUAGGGGGAGGAGGAGUGGUUCGUCGAAUGAUCGUUCAAGAAAUAUGUUUCUGGUAGUUCCCUGUCAAGUAACCACUUUGAUUCCACCGUGGUUACUGGACCCUAUAAAAGGACCUUAUUGGGUGAAAACUUGUUUCCAAGAGUUACUUUCUGACGCUGUACUUGGUUACGAACCCAGUUUGGGUGGCGUCAUACUUGCUUAUGGUAACAUUCGAUUGCCUGAAAAUGCAGUAACAUGGGUAGAUUAUACUCCUUUUGGAAAAGUAACUUGUCAAGUCAAGGUAUUGUUGUUUCCACUGAAACCUGGUCAGCGGUUGAUAGGAAGGGUUGUUUUUGUGGGCGAAGAUCAAGUUAGUUUGCAAGUAUUUGGAGUGUUUCCUGCUGUUAUAACGGUGGAUAAUGGGUUGAGUGACUAUGCUAUUUUGGAUGCUGUCGACGCAGUUUCUACGGAUGGGAAAUCAGAGUGGAGACAAGAAGCAGUGGAAGAUCAUCGAGAGAAGAUCGGUAUUGGGAGUUGGUUACGCUUUGAAAUAUUACAAGUGCAACUGGGUGCUUCGGAAAGACUUUUUUUAUUACAUGGAACUUUGAAAGAAACGAGAGAGCAGUUAACAGGAGAAGAAAAACUAGGAUUGUUGGAUGAGGACCAAGUUCGAGAAAGCUUUUCAUUGCCAAGCAAAGUACAAUCCAAAAGGAAAGGAAGACGUCGUUCGAAUAUAUUCAAACAGGAAAGAACACCUCGUGAGAAGGAACCAUUUUCAUUUGAAUAUAGUUCACUGGGAGACCCACUUUUAGAUGAUCCUACUCUGAAGACAGUUGUUCAUCACUAUUUUGCAGACCAUUCGCCUGAAGAAGAAGAAGAAGAAGAAGAAGUGGAUAGAGACCAUGAAGAUACAAGAAUAUCUCCAACGAAGACAACUAUGGAAAGUAUAGGUUGCUCCACAAAAGACUCAACAUCUGAGAGAAAAAAGAAACAUUCAAAGAAGGAUAAGAAACAUGAAAGGAAACGAAAGAAGAAACAUAAGAAAGAGAAAAGGAAGAGAAAGGAAGAAGAAGAUAAAAGGAAUCGUAAAAAGCGUAGAAAACAUUCCAAAUGAGAAGAUGCGCAAUGGCAGUGAUUAUGAUAGCGUUAAGAAUAGAAUGAUCGAAUAGGUUUUCUAUAGAAGAGACAUUUUGUUAUGGCUUAUUUUAGAAUAGAGACAUUCCAUCCUAUUGAUAUCCAUUUCGACACAUAAAUAUGACCGAAUGGGACUAUUCUAACAGCUUG